GCAAAUAGAGGAAGGGAAUGGGAGGGAGGGAGAGAGAAUAGAACAAGGGAGAUGAAGUAUACGUAAUGAAGGGGAAAGGGUGGUGGUGGGAGGAGGGAUGUGGGUCAGUAUUAAGAGAGGAUGGCGUAUGGCAGGAAUGCUCAUUGUCGCCACUACUCUGCCUCUCUUCGCCGCCACAACACCGCACCUCACCGCAGCCGCUCCUCUCCCUCCACGACUCCUCAACACAAUACACCGCUACUUAAACUUACGCCGCUGGAAGAAGAGCAACUGAGGCUUUUAGUUCUUCAACUAAGCUUAAAUGAAAGAAAGCCUACAAUGUAAUAAUAAGUAGAUAACGAUAGUAAUUGUGACUACUAGACUACGAGAGUGAAAUAGCUAUAAACAAGACAUAUAUGGAACAGUGAAGAAGAAAGGAAACUGUACUGACUUAAGUGAAGCGAUACUGAAAGUGUAGCAGGACUGUGAAUGCAUAUCUUUGUGUGUUUGUGAGUGAUGUGACAAAACAAACAGAGCAGAGGGGAAAUUUCGUGUCCAAAAAAAAAAAAAAAAGAUAAAGUUUGAGCAAAAUAAAACCGUGAUUUGAGAGAGAGAAAAAAAACAAACAAACAAAGGAAAGAAGCCUCAGUUCUGCGCUAAAACAAAUAAGAGAAAGAAAGAAAAAAUACAGAAAUAAUCUAAGUUGUGAGAGAAAAAAAAGUAUUUUAUGAAAGUAGAAAAGAAGCAGCUCAGGUUGUGAAGGGAAACGAAUAAAAACUAAUCAAAGUUAAAUUAGACGGAAAAAAGGGAAACUCCUGAAAAUUUAUGGUCAUAUAACCACAAAGAAAAAAAAGAAGAAAAGAAAGAAAUUUGACCGUCCCGAGUGUGUGUGUGUGUGUGUGUGUGUGUGUGUGUGUGUGUGUGUGUGUGUGUUUGGAUUGAUCAGUGAUUCAGAGGAGUCAUGGAGAGGAGGCGCCGGGAGAGAAUCAUGAGCACUCUCUACGUCAUCCUGCUGGCGAUCAUGACGGAACACAGUGUGUGUCUUGAGGCAGAAGCGAAAGGCACGGAUGGUCUUUUUUCUCUCCCAUCUUUUCCUCCUCUCCCUAAUCUCCUUCCUCUUCCUCCAAUCGUCCCUACCGCUCCUGAGAACACUACUGAAGGGAAGGAGGAGAUGCUGUGCAGCCAUGGGGGUAGGGCGUGGCGCUGCGGCCCAGGCGAGGCGACGUUGUGGGACCCGGGCCAGGAGGAGGAGUUCACUCUCAACCUGCACGACAUGAGUGCUGCCAUCAGGGCGCUACUACGCAGCAAGGACUUCACACGGCUGUGGGCCAUCAUCCCUCGCACCUUCUUCCUGAGUUUCCCUCAGAAGACGCUGCUCGACAAUGUCCUGGGUCUUGACACCAACUCGUUCUCUGCUCACAUCGCCGCCGUUGUGUUCUUCGGGUGGCCCUUCCUCAUGCUCGGCCUCUACAUCAUCCUCAUCCUCCUCUACCCAAACAAGAAGAGCGGCAGUGACUUUGAAAAGUUAUCCCAUUAACUUAUAUUCUGUCAUCCUGGCUGCGUUUUUAAAAUAAAUAGCAUUAGAACUAACUUAAGAAGGGAUGUGGGGGCCGGUAAAGUUUCUGAAUUUAUUUCACACUUGGUGCAUAAUGAAACUUUUAUGAUGGAAUCUAAAACAAUGCCGCGUUUAAGGUUACUUAUUGUUUUUCUUUUUUUCCUCCAGGAUGGUGACACACAUGGCGGACUCUUGGUCACACGUCAUGUACGCUGCGGAGGACAAUUUCUUAAACUUCAUGGAGGACGUGACGGACCAUGGCCACCAUGACCAAGGCCACGGCCAUCACCACGACCAUCACCAUGACCAAGGCCACCACCAUGGCCACUCCAGUUUUCACUCUCGCAUUGAAUACAACCCCGAUGUCUCUAAUGAUGAAUACGCCUUCCACAAUGAUUACUACAACAAGCACGGCCAGGACGAGUAUCAGGAGCACGUGAGGCAGGAUCAAGCCUUUCAUGAUGAUUCCUCAGCACCAUCAGUCCAUCGCCCGUAUAGGACAGAAACAGCAGCUCACACCGGCGGCAUCACUCGACUGACCAACAUGUUCGGCUUCCACAACAAUAUUCCAGACGAAGAGAAAAUCAAGUAUCUGAAUGUCGUCCUCGGAGGAAAUUACCAACAGACAACUGACCAACCUCCCGCCCAGGAUGGAGGUGUGGAGGGUUUAUUUUCUUCAUAUGACACAUUCCACUCAAGGCCACCUACAGGACACCCCCCACACCCACACUCACAGCCACCCGCCAGUUGGCAUCAGGAACUCCACAGACAGAGUCCCUUCUAUCCAACGCGAGGUCCGAGCUUCGUCAGGUUCCAGCAUGAGUCGCAGCCACCACGAGAUGGGCAUCCGCACCCUCGCUUCCGCCCUUCCCCCCUCAUGCAGGAGUCACUGAGGGAGGACUGGGUGGCCGCCAUGGACCCAGAAAGCACCCUGAAUGAGACAGAUGCAAAAGGGACCAACAUAACUUCUGAGAUAAAAGAUGACGAAGAUGAGACGACGGUGGCAACCACGACGAUAGAAAUCUCGACAGCAUCACCAUAACAAUGUGUGUGCUCCAGUCUGACGAUGUUCUCUAUCUUGAAUUCUCCAAGUGUAAAAGGAGACUGGUAGAAAGCCGUUUUUAGAAUGUAUAAUUCUAAGUAUACUAUGAUAAUCAUUUCAUAAAGUCUGUUGAUGUUCAUCUCGUGAAAGACUGGCUAUAAAUAUCUAGAACAUAAUAAGGCAAAAUGUCCUGGAAUUUUCAAGAUAGAGCGGACUACAAAACUGAAUAAGCUUUUGAAAUGAUGAGAGAAACAAGUGAAGACAGAAAUAAGUCUUCAGCAGGGAGGCAGAGGAAGAGGCAAAGAAUUAAGGCCGCUCAUUCAAGACAGCAAAGUGAAAAUACUGAUCCGGUGAAUAGUGAAAAAUUGAAAUCACGUAGUCAAAGAAACAAAAAUGACUAUAUGAGCAUAAGUUUCAUCAAGUGUGGGAAUGGUGUGAGUGGCUCGCCAUCGCCCCCCGUGACUCAGUGAAGGAUAGACAGCUACAAACAGAGCCUUCAGAGGGAGCCACACUAUUGAUCUGAUGCAAAAUGACGUGAUAGAAGGUGGUGUCUGGCAGUUUUCCUACUGAGAAUAGAUUUAAGACUUUUAGAUAAGGUUAAAAAGUAAUUAGUAGAGCGAUUACAACAGUCUCUCUUACUUAGAAAAACCUGACUUCAUACAUACGUAUACCUACCUGCUUGUCUCAGGUAAAAAACAGAUAGAAGCGUUGGCAGAGGGAAUACUUAAAAUUCGUUAAUUA